AUGAAGGAGACACUUCAGGAUUACUGUACAACAGUAUAUUCAAGAAGUGGUCCUCAUGUCGAUAAGAAAUCCACAAAGUUUCCAAUUCGAAUCAUAUCAGCAUCUACGGAAGUGUGGUCGGGUGACACAACAUAUAGUGUUGAAUUUGAAACCACGACUGAACAUAAGGCUAGGGUUGCCUGGUUCUUGUAUCAUAUGGAUAAGAGAAUUCCUGUAGUUUUUGGUGAUCCCUCAUUCUCCUCCUCCUUAUCUUAUCAAUGGCCCUACAAAAACCGCCGUAUUGCCAGGUUAAGAACCAGAGAAGAAAUUGACACUCUAGUGGAGAAGAAAAUAGAAUUUUCGGUUACUCAUGAUCAGUCAACAGUAGCUAUAACGUUCGAUGAUAUCAAGAAUACUAGUAUAAACACCACCACCACUCAAUCUUUUGAUGACUUUCAGUUUGAUAUUUCUGUGAUAAAUUUGACCCAAGCGAACGAAACGACAAACAUUGAGUUUGGAACUUCGUAUGAAGUAUCGGGAAGUGCAAAGAAUGUAAAUGACCAAUUAGUGUUGUCCAGAUAUAUUGUAGAGGAGAUCGAUAACAGCACAGGUCGAACUGAUGUUAAAUUUUUGAGCACUGCAAGAAAAAUAUCUGACAAAAAAGCUACUACAUAUUCCUGGGAAUACAACGACACUGCUCUUGUUCUUGAUAUUACAGAAAUUAAUAUAGCAUACGAAAAAGAACCCGAUGCUGUGAUCAACAAAAUGGUUUUGCGUUCUGAAUAUCAUUUCUGGGAACGGGAUCAGCAACAACCUUUAAACGGAAUAGCUCUUUUUGAGGAAUAUGACAUCACUAAUCCUGAUAAAAAGGCCAUCAAAAUCGCCCACUGUGAGGGUAUUGGUGACGUCACAAUUAAAAUAGGUCUUCGUGGAAAGAAUGGUAUUGGAGACAUACCACCAGGAGAGAUUCCAGAAGUCCAGAUUAAUUACGGAUACUUCAGAGAGGCAUUUGCCUUACUGAGGUAUUACUCUGGAAAACUGGAAGACUAUGAAGCUUAUUGCUUUCUUCAAUAG